AUAGUUUGCAGGCCUAGAUUUGUGGUUCAGCCACAUGAUAUUAUGACAGCAAUUGAAAGUCCAUAUAGAGAAGAUCCAAACGACUGCUUGCGACUGCCGAUUGAAUGAUCUACAAGUCACCUUUCAUCGUAAAUAAUUGCUCAUUUGUAUUUGUAGAUCAGUCUCAAUUUACCCAUGAUACAUUGCGAUUUUAAAGCUCAAGAACACAGCCAACGAAAGGAUUUAAAUUAACUUAAACAAUAAAUAUUGUGAAGUAAGUAAUGAGUAAAUUAGACAAAUAGUAAAUUCUUGCCCAGUUGACAACUUUUUUUGAAAGUGGCUUUAAAAUUUGUGUCGACAAAUGUGGAACCAUUGAUGACGUAAUCAGUGGUGGAAUUCCUUCGCCCUCCAAUAUACCAGCAUUCACCGGGUGACCUGCAGUAUUUAUUGACAAAGAAAAGAACGACCGAAACAGGGAGGGAUCGUUCUUUUAUAGCUCAAUGUGGGUGGGAUCUCCAAAACAAUACCAAAAUAUACGACAAUUUGAAGACAGAAAGGGUGCAGCUCUACAUCAUGCUCCUAAGGAGCUGAGAGUAAGUGGAAAGGGCCAUCUGCACCAGAGGGGAACUUACACACCUACAAAACAUCCAGAGAGAGGACCCUCCCAUUCAGAAGAGGAGAGAAAGGGCCCGGGGAGUGAGCUCAGCUGGAGCCAAUGCAGCAGCAGAGUCGACAGCCUGAGCUGGUGGAAGGAAGCCUUCCCGUGUUCGUGUUCCCCACAGAACUGGUCUUCUACGCUGAUGAGCAGACCUCGCACAAGCAGGUCCUCACUCUCUACAAUCCCUAUGAGUUUGCCCUCAAGUUCAAAGUGCUAUGCACAGCGCCAAACAAGUAUACGGUGGUGGAUGCCACCGGGGCCGUCAAGCCACAGUGUUGUGUUGACAUUGUGAUUCGACACAAAGAUGUGCGGGCCUGCCACUAUGGGGUGUAUGAUAAGUUCCGGCUGCAGGUGUCGGAGCAGAGUCAGAGGAAGGCCCUGGGCCGGAAGGAGGUGAUGGCCACUCUGAGGCCCUCGGCUGCCCAGGAUCUCCCCAGCCCCCGCCCUCAGGAGGAGGAGAGACGAAUGAAGGAACAGCUGGCCGACAGUGUUUUCUUUGAGCAGACCGCCUUCCAGACAGAGAGCCGCUCUGCGUCUGGGGGGCCUAGCCUGCUGACAGUGCUGCUGGGGCUGGUGUGUAUGACUGCCCUUAUGCUGCCCACCCUGGGGGAUCAGGAAUCCACCGUGCCUGUCUACCUCCACUUAAGUGUUAACAAGAAACUUGUAGCUGCUUAUGUCCUAGGUCUUCUUACAAUGGUUAUCCUGCGUACAUGAAGUGCCAUGAAGGUUGACUUCUCUGGAAACAGAGAAUGAGAAGAGGAUCCAAAAGAGAGUAUUCACUCGCCCAACGGCCACUACAUGGUUGAAGGGUAGUGUUGAUGGUGGUGGGGUUGGAGGGAAUAGGGUAUCAGUUAAAUACCCCCUCCCUCUGUCCCCCCAAAAACAUGCAUUUAAUUGUUUGAAAUAAACAUAAUACUGACUGCUGCAAGAGACCUUCAAUGACAUGGGUGCAGGAAUGAUGCUCAAAGCAGGGCAUUGCGUGGGGUUUGGGGACGUGGAUGGAAAGCUUUGUAUAGAAACCUUGAGGUUUGGAUAUGAAGUGUUGUUUGUCUUCAUAUCCUGUGUCGGUCAGGUGUUCCAUGGCCAUUAUGUAACACAAAAUGGUAGUUGAAAGUUGAUUUGCUGUUAGACAUGGGCAACCUAAAUGUGAUUAUGUACAUACUAUUAAGCCAUUAAAAAGCUUUUUGUUAUGGUGUUCUGCUGUUACCACAUCUCCUUAAUAUUGUUGUCCACUUAGAAUAAAAUUAGGUUACUCUUUUUGUACGUAGUAUAGACUGAAUCUGACUAAAUGCAGUUAGGUGCAUGUGUGAAUACUUAUGAGUGCUACUUUUCCAGCCACAAUAUACAAUACAAAAAGAUUUGACCUAUGACCAUACUGUCAUCUUCCAAUGAAAGACAAUGGUUUACUUGCAGUACAGUGUCAAUGUUGUUCCACCAAAUGCCCAAUAAAGUCUUGACACUUCAGCACAA